CCGCCGGCCCGGGACGUCCCGCAGCCAGCAACAGCAGCGGUGGAGCCUGCUCCAUGCCGCCCGCUGCUGAAGCGCGCCAGCCCCAUCAGCGGCGCGCGCUCCUCCCACCCAGCGCACUCCACCGCCUCCCGCCGCUAGCAGCGCUGAUUGGUGGCGCCGCGGCAGCGUGCUGGGCAGCGCCCCCUUCAGCCUUUCCCCACUGGAAAAAAGCCGCCGGCCACGUGCUUCUGCCGGGAGUGAGCCGGGCGUCGACGGCGGCUCUCCGGCUCGCUCCCUCGGCCGUGUGCGCUCUUCUUCCUGCCUGGCCAGGCUCGCCGCGCGGAGCCCGGAGCCCUCCCCAGGAUGGCAGCGAAGAAAGGGGCAGCCAUGGCCCCGACGCUGGUGGGCUCCAUCGACCAAGGGACCAGCUCCUCGCGCUUCCUGGUCUUCAACGCCAGCACCGCGGAAGUGGUGAGCCUCCACCAAGUGGAGCUCAAGCAGAGUUUCCCCCAGGAAGGCUGGGUGGAGCAGGAUGCCAAGGAGAUCCUGCGCUCGGUCCAGGAGUGCCUGGAGAAGACCUGCGAGAAGCUGAAGAAGCAGAAGGCGGACCUCUCCAGCAUCAGGGCCAUUGGCAUCACCAACCAGAGGGAGACCACCGUGGUGUGGGACAAGUUGACUGGGGAGCCUUUCUACAGCGCCAUCGUGUGGCUUGACGUCAGGACCCAGCCCACGGUGGAGAAGCUGCUGGACAGAAUCCCAGGCCGCAACAGGGCCUUCUUCAAGUCAAAGACCGGCCUCCCGCUGACUACCUACUUCAGCGCCGUCAAACUGCGCUGGCUUCUGGAUAACGUGGCGGAGCUCCGGCACGCGGUGCAGGAGGGGCGGGCUUUGUUUGGGACCAUUGAUGCGUGGCUGAUCUGGAGCCUGACGGGCGGGAAGAACGGAGGGGUCCAUUGCACGGACGUCACCAAUGCCAGUAGGACCCUGCUGUUCAAUAUUCAGAAUCUGGACUGGGAUGCAGACCUCUGCAAGUUUUUCGAAAUCCCCAUGGAAAUCCUCCCCGAAGUGCGGAGUUCCUCAGAGAUCUAUGGACGGGUAAGUUCUGGGCCCUUGAUGGGUGUGCCAGUUUCUGGGUGCUUAGGUGACCAGCACGCUGCUUUGGUGGGGCAAAUGUGUUUUUUGGAUGGCCAGGCCAAAAACACGUAUGGAACAGGCUGCUUCUUGCUCUGCAAUACUGGUCACAAGCCUGCAUUUUCUGAGCACGGCCUUCUGACCACAGUCGCUUACAAGCUGGGCAAAGACAAGCCGGCAUGUUAUGCCUUGGAAGGCUCGGUUGCCAUCGCUGGGGCUCUUAUUCGCUGGCUGUGCGACAACCUCGGAAUUGCCAAGUCUGGAGACGAAGUUGAGAAACUUGCUGCUGAAGCCGGAAGUUCUCGUGGCUGCUGCUUGGUCCCAGCCUUCUCAGGACUGUAUGCGCCGCACUGGGACCCCACGGCAAGAGGACUUAUCUGUGGCCUGACACAGUUUACAAACAAGAGCCACAUCGCCUACGCGGCACUAGAAGCUGUCUGCUUUCAGACACGGGAGAUCCUGGAUGCCAUGAAGAAGGACUGUGGUGCUGGGGCCCAGCUAAGCCACUUACAGGUUGAUGGGGGGAUGACCAGGAACAAGAUUCUCAUGCAGCUGCAAGCAGACAUUCUCUGCACUCCAGUGAUAAAGCCUUCCAUGCCCGAAAUCACAGCCCUCGGGGCGGCGAUGGCAGCAGGAGCAGCAGAAGGGGUGGGAGUCUGGAGUCUGAAUACUGAGGACUGGGCAGCAACAAUGUAUGUACGGUAUGAGCCACAAAUCACCCCUGAGGAAAGCGAGGGCCGCUAUGCAAAGUGGAAGAAAGCGAUUACGAAGUCUAAGGGCUGGGAGGAGACAUCAUCAAAAGCUCAGUCAUCAAGCGGCUGCAAUGAGUUUCUUAAAUGGAUUUCCAGGAAAAUGACUUGCCAGCAUGAUAAGGCUGUCAACUAACAGUGUGAGAAUUACAAGCACUUGAGUGUGGAAUAGGCAAAAUACACAACACUGCUGCCA